UAUCCUCAGCUUUUCCUUGUAUUCUCAUUUCUUUCCACAGGUAUGACUCAGCCAAGUAUCAACUGGCAUCUGAAAGAAAAUGCAAGAGACCAUUAUACAAGUAAAUUUUCUAUUGAAGAGCUGAUUGUGAGGAGAGGUCAGGCCUUUACUAUCACCAUCAAUGGAGCAGGACAGCCUGAGCAAAACUUAAUAUUCAUUGCAGAAAUAGGUCCAAAACCUUCUGAACAAGCCAAGACUCAGGCCACCUUUGGUAUCUCCAGUACAGUGAGCAAGGAGAGCUGGAGUGCAGUUCUGAAGUCCACCACUUCCAACUCUGUGAGCAUCUCCAUUUACAGCCCAGCUAAUGCAGUCAUAGGACGUUACAAGCUGAUUGUGCAAAAUACUUCAAGCGGCAGUUCCUCCACUGCAAACCUCGGCACCUUCGUUUUGCUCUUUAACCCUUGGUCUUCAGGUGAUGAUGUGUUCUUGCCUAACAAGGCUGAAUGUGAGGAGUAUGUGCUAGAAGAGUUUGGCAUCAUUUUUGCAGGCAAUAAACAUCAUAUCAACAGCUUUGGAUGGAACUUUGGCCAGUUUCAAGGAGAUAUUCUCAAUAUUUGCCUCUCCAUGCUGGAUCGAAGUUUAAGCUACUACCAGGAUCCUGCCACAGAUGUAUCUCACCGAAAUGAUCCCAAAUAUGUGGGCCGUGUUCUCAGUGCAAUGGUCAACAGCAAUGAUGACCAAGGGGUGGUGCUAGGAAACUGGAGUGGAAGUUAUGAAGGUGGAAAAAAUCCAAGCAGCUGGACUGGAAGUGGUGAAAUCCUGCAAAACUGGAAGAAAUCAGGAUUCAAGCCUGUUAGAUAUGGACAGUGUUGGGUUUUUGCAGCAGUAUUGACUACAGUGCUUAGAUGUCUGGGGAUUCCCACUCGAACGAUUACAAACUUCAGUUCUGCUCAUGAUGCCGAUGAAAAUUUGCGUGUGGAUGAGUUUUAUGAUGCUUCUGGAAAUCAUUUGAACAGGGGAGCUGACAGUAUCUGGAAUUUCCAUGUUUGGAAUGAAAGCUGGUUUUCUCGCAGUGACUUGGGCCCUUCAUACAGUGGAUGGCAAGUUCUGGAUGCUACUCCCCAAGAAGAAAGUGGAGGGAUUUAUCGGUGUGGUCCUGCCUCACGGAACGCUAUCAAAGAAGGAGACAUAGAUCUGGACUAUGAUUGUCCGUUCGUAUUUGCAGAAGUGAAUGCAGACUGUCUAUACUGGAAUUAUGAUCCUACAAAUGGAAAAAAAACUUUAAUGUUCUCUGAGUCCACAGUAGUUGGUCAAUUCAUCAGCACAAAGGCAGUUGGCAGAGAUGACCGUGUAGAUGUCACCAACGAUUAUAAAUAUGCAGAAGGUUCCACAAAGGAAAGAGAUGUUUUUAAGAAAGCCCGUAAGAAGCUGGGACUCGAGGACAAAUUUGAUCCCACAGCACCAACACCAAAGGAGACUGAUCAAAAACCUGACAUCUCAGGGAAGUUCAAGGUGGCUGGCACUUUAGAAGUUGGAAAAGAUCUCAAGCUGAUUCUGGUUCUUGCAAAUUUAACUACUGAUGAUAAGACUGUUCAGGUAAAUAUGACUGCUUGCAGCACUGUAUAUACGAGGAGACCUGUUCAUGAGAUCUGGAAGGACUCCGUAUCUGUCACUCUGGCUCCUCAGGAAGAGAAACAAUUUCCCAUUCAGAUAUUGUACACUGAAUAUCAAGAACAAUUAACUACAGACAACACAAUUCAAGUAACGGCCUUAUGUCAUGUGGCAGGUGGGAUUCAAGUGCUAGUACAAAGAGAUAUAAUCCUGGACAACCCUAACAUUGAUAUACAGGUACURGGUGAGGCAGAAUUAAAUAAAGAAGUGGACGUGGAAGUGAUAUUUACCAAUCCUAUUGAUACGGAGGUCACGGACUGUGUUCUGCAGGUGGAAGGCUGUGACCUGCUCAAAGGAAUCCUCGAGAUAAAGGUACUGCCACUGAAAGCUGGUGAGAAAUCUAGGACAAAGUUUCAAAUCACCCCUUCUGAGAGAGGCCUCAAGUAUCUACUUGUUAAUUUCUCCUGUGACAAGUUUGCAGAUAUCAAAGCACAUAAAGUUAUAAAUGUGAUUGACUAAGAGGAAGACAAUAAAUGAUCUGUUUCUGAAUAACCUGAACAAAAUAAUAUAUGAAGUCCAUGAAAAAUAAACCA